AUGGCUUUAAUCACUUUGCGGAGGAACCUUUGUCAUUUAUCGGAUUUUUGGACACAUGGAGUUCUGGCUGCUCUAAAACUUCAACCUGUAAAUCGUGUUCACAAGAUAGUCAAGGAGCGUCUGUGUCCUUGGUUUUGCUCAGGACAAUCUAAGUCUUUCAGGGUCAGGUUCUGUCACUCCUGUUGUAAAAAGUUUCAUCCAGAAAAUGGAAAUGACCGUCAUACAGUUGGUGAGCCAGUGUUCACUCAAGUACAUGGCUGGGACAGGCUUGAACAAAAUGUUAAAAACAACGAACAGAUGCUUUCCAGGAGGCUAAGCUACUUCACUUCAUCAGAAGAAGUAUUAAACUUUCUAAGCACUAUGGAAACGCUGUCUGGUACUCUGGCAGCAGGAGCUUUACAGCGGAUUUGUGAAGUGGAGAGAAAAGAUGAUCAUCAAGGACUGCCGAGAGAAGUCCUAGAGAAUAGCAUCUUUCAAGCGUUGUGCUUCCAGUUGGAACAGGAACCCUCCCAGCUGUCAAACACUAGUCUGGUGACUGCUUUGCAAGCUCUGAUCCUGUUACAUGUAGAUCCUCAAAGUAACCUGUUACUGAAUCUGGUGGCAGAGUGCCAAAAUCGUCUCAAAAGAGGUGGCCUGGAAGUUCACAGUCUUUGUAUUCUUGGGGAAAGUCUGCUAAGACUGCAAGGUCCAGGUUGUGUGACACUAAAACUGAUUAUAUAUCAACUGCAAGGAGAAAAAAUGGAAACUUUUACCCCGGAGAAUAUUGUGACUGUUUAUAGAAUAUUGCAGGCAUGUCCUGAAAAAGUGGACCAACACCAGACGUUUUUAAAUAAGAUAAACAGCUUUUCCCCUUCAAUAGUUUCCAACCUAAGUCCUAAUAUGAUCAGCCAAAUGCUCACUGCCCUAGUGGUUCUUGAUCAAACUCAGGCACUUCCUCUGGUUAUAAAAUUGGGCAAAUAUGUUGUGAGGCACAUCCCACAUUUCACUCAUGAGGAGCUCCAGAGAGUCUUAGACGCUUUCAUAUAUUUUGGGCACAGUGACAGAUUUUUUACAAAAGCCCUUGAGCAACAUGUAGCUGCCUUCUAUCUCACCUUGGAUCCUGAAGUUGUCAGCAAAGUCACAGAGUACUGCAGUAGAAAACAGAUUCUCUCACAACCCAUCCUCAAUGCGGUGGCAGAAACUUUUGUUUGCCAAUCAGAAAAAUUUUCGCCUAGUCAGAUCUCUGAAUUAAUCGAGUCAUUUGGAAAACUCAAUUAUUUGCCCCCAAAUGCCUCCGCUUUAUUUAGGAAGUUAGAAAAUAUGCUGUUCACCCAUUUCAAUCAUUUUCCACCCAAAACACUGUUGAAACUUCUUCAUUCAUGCUCGCUUAUUGAACACCAUCCAGUCAAUUUUAUGGCAAAAAUAUUCAGCCCUUUUUUCCUUCAACGACUGCAAGGCAGAGAACCUCAUUUGGACAAACUGCGUCGGGCACAACUGACCCAACUUUUCUUAACCUCAGUCCUAGAAUGCCCUUUCUAUAAGGGUCCAAAACUUCUUCCUAAAUAUCGAGUGAGGUCAUUUCUUACUCCGUGCUGUUCCCUGGAGACCCCUGUGGAUUUUCAGCUUUAUAAAUCUGUGAAGAUUGGACUGAUUGACCUUUUAGGAGCAAGAUUAUAUUUUGCUUCAAAAGUGUUGACACCGUUUUGUUAUACCAUAGAUGUAGAAAUUAAAUUAGAUGAAGAAGGAUUUGUAUUACCAGUUACAGUUGAUGAAGAUGUCCAUAAAAGGGUAGCAUUGUGCAUUGAUGGUCCAAAAAGAUUUUGUGCGGAUAGUAAACAUUUACUAGGAAAAGAAGCUAUUAAACAAAGACACCUACAGUUACUUGGUUACCAGGUUGUUCAGAUCCCCUAUCAUGAGAUUGAGAUGCUAAAAUCAAGACUUGAACUGGUGGAAUAUUUACAAAGAAAACUGUUUUCUCAAAACACAGAUGUACAUUGGUGAAAAGAAGGAAUGCUAGCUUCAUAACUCAUAUAGUGAAAGAAUGGUUUUAUGGAACACAAUGCUUUAAAAGAACAUAAUGUAAAUUAACCAUUUUGCAGAAUUAUGUUUGUAGACUUCCUGGUGACCUAGAGAGGGCCUAGAGUUUUCCUUAUAUCUUGUAUACAUUUGUCACGGGUACAUUUAAAAUUAAUUUAAUUUUAAUUUAAUAAUAGUUUCAUAGAUACUUUUUACACAUCAAACAAUUGUUCAUGUGUGAUAAAUCCAAUAAUAGAUAUAAUUUUUAAAUAUUUUGUAAUAGUUAUCUGCUAAAUGAAAACAUUUAUUGUUUAAAGACCAUUGUUUUCCAGGAAAUGUAAGACAGACAUUUUCUCCCUAUCUUCUGUGUUUGGUUAGUGGAAGUGUGAUGGAUGGUAAGGAGAAGGAGCAAUGUACUUUGGAGACACACAUUUAUAAUUAUGGAAUUAUGCAGAAAUAACACCUAGUUAAUGAGAUAUAUUAGUAUGGGAACUCUAAAAUAAAAUAAAGGUAUAGAGAAGUGAAAAAACAA